CCAACCCUGAAGGCCGCCUCAAACAAUCUAUAGCAUAAUCAUAGCCACUAGCUUCGUUGGCUGAGGAAUUGUAGGCACUGCCAUGGUGUUAACCAAUCAGUGAUUAGAAGCCAGGCACAUAGUUUCCCAUAGUUUCCCAUUGUGUACAUUUGUUCGGUUUGACGUACUCGAAUGGAGGGCACAUGUCCUGUGCGGUGUCUGUUCAACUCGAACCACUGCUGUUGUUCAACUCUGGAUGAUUUCUACCAGCCGAGCAAUGCUGUCACGGAGCUGGAGCAGGUGUGCAGACGCGAACUGGAGAGAUUUCGCAAGUUGUACAACUUUGAUCUGGAAACGAUGCGACCUGUUCAGCCUAUAGGUGAGGGGGUGUCUGGUGUUACUUUCACUGGUUAUGACCGAAUGCCGUGGAGAUGGGAGCAAUUGCACACAAGCAGUGAUCACGUGCCUUUGUUUUACUGGAGCCAAACGCGGGGGACUAGUGGAACACGACUGAACUCGAAGAUUUCGAAAAGUGAGCCCAAAUUAGAACCUAAGAAGGCACGCAGUCCCACAAGGCGUAGCAGCAAAUCAAGUGCUGUUUCCCAAGGAAGUCAGCCGUUCCUUGCCCAUCUGCAAGCAGCGAACCAAGCUAAAACGGCCUGCAUGAAAGCUGGGACGCCAACAAUCUUCAGUCUAUGGUCUCCGCGAAUCCAACGAUGUUCCGAUUUUGAUGUAGAGCCGAACUGUGUACAUGUGAAAUCAAACGAGUCCCGAACUCCGAGUGAUGACAAUUUGUAUGCUGGAAGUCAUGCUCAACUCUUGCGAUUGAGAAGUUGCGACUGGCAAUCUGACGAGAAACCCACUGUCGGGCGAGUCGUUGCAAGUCGCGGCCAUCCUUCCAACGGACGGAGCACUGAGAAGUUUACCGCGUGGACCGCGCAGCCUUGGACUUUGACAAGCUCACUUCCUUCGAGAUCCAAGCGGCCGCAGCCAUGAGUGUGCUGCCGAAUUCCCACUGGGCAUCUCUGCACUGCGCCAUCGAGUUCAGGCCACGUGAUCCACGAUCUGCGCUUCCGCGAUGUCAACCAACCGGAUGUGUUAUGUUGACUGCACAACAGAGACCAACGAGAAGGGACUUGGCAUUGGAGGAGCACCGUUAGCUUAUGGCUGACACUGAAAUUGUGUGAAAAAAUUAGACGAUUUAUAGCACACUGUCAGUUUUCCCAAUCGAAGAAAUCGAACCGGUCUCACCAUGUAACUGCUGAAACUGUCCGCUGGUAUGUCCCAUGCCACCAUAUCUAUACACCGUAUCGCGGCAAGUGCCCAGUCAUUGUUUGCCUGUCUAUAAAUCUUCCAUUCAACUUAAUGAAGAUAGAGUCACAUAGUCAUCCGCGAACUGAGACCUGAGGACUUUGAAUAUAUGCUGUUUUACGUCAUUUUGAUUGACCCAGAUGAAUCAGGAUAUGAUUUCGGGACACCAGUCCUACAUGGCCUCCUCCUAUACUGAACUUUGUGAGUUGGUGUAUUCUUGAUGUCACAAUGGCUCAAUCUGAUGAGAGAGAGAGAUUCCACUGAUUAUAUCGAAAAGAUAUGAUAUCUGUCGCGCUUGCGUUGAGCGAUUGGGGUUGGAAAGGAACGAAUAACACUAUUUUACUUUUACAACUGAGAAAUCAAACAGUAUGUGAUUUGUGUUAGAUGGCUUUCCCCUAUGGCAUAAAGUUUAUGCCCUGCUGCAUACGUCCAUUUUGUACAGAACAUCAUCUUUUUGGUCCCUCUCUCUUAUUAUUUACCUGUACACUAUUCGUUUUUUAUUUGUGACUAUGAGAAAGAUGAGAAGGCA